CCAGGAGAAACCGGCAGCCUCGUCAGCGGUUACGCAGGAGCAGCUCCUGCCGCCGCCGCCGCCGCCGCCAUCGCAAGUCCUCUUGAGGAAGCCGCUCACUCUACUGGACUGACCCCCCUGGCCGGGGCGGUGACGUCACGGGGGACGCCCGCGAGGGAGGGAGGUUGCGGAGGGGAGGUGGCCGGCCGGUGCACGACUCGGCUCCUCCCCAGCGCGAGCGAGGGACCUGGGGCAGCCGCGUAGCCGCCUCGGCAGCGCUAGGGGCAGGGCAGCCAGGGCAGGAGGUGCAGCCCACCCCCGGGGGCAACAGAGGAGAAGUGGCCCGAGGCGCUGCCCGGCGCAUCCGACGCAGAUACAUCGAGGGGGUGGGGCGGGUGUCCGAGCUCUGUGGAGCGGGGAGGGGGCUCCUGAAUCCUCGAGCUGGGCGGUGCAUCCCCGCCGCCGCCCGGGCGCGAGAGCACUCCUCGCCGCCCCCCCGGCGUCACCGCCUCUGGGAGUCCCCCAGUACGGCGUAGCGACCGGCGGGCCGGUCCUCGUCUCCUCCCUGCGAAGCCAGCCUGACUCGCCCGCUCCGCGCGUGAAGCGCCGUUCAGACGACAGCAUCGCCACGUGACCUGCCCCUGAAGUGACGCGCCCGCCCCACACGCCUCUUGGUUCCGUCUGAAAGGGAAGGCGCCCGGCCCGGCCCCGGAGAGGAGUGCCCGGGUGGUGCCCGGGAGUGAGCCCUGUGGGCGGUGCAGUGGGCGCCGGGCCAUGCCGGACGAGGGGCGCGGGCCCAGCCCUGGAGCCCUUGUGGCGGAGCGGGGGCGCCCGGCUGGGCCCUCUCUCGCCCCCGCAGCCCCCCCUGCCCUUCACGGGCGCCCCCGGGAGGCAUUCGCCCGCACGGGGAUGAUAGGCCAAGGGGCCUCGUGGGGCAAACUGCCAGCCCAACCGCCACAGGAGUCCGUUGUGCUCAGGAGGUUCCGAGGCGGCGGCGGCCUCGUCGGAGAGCCCCUGCGCGCCCGCCGGCCCCGGCAGGAGCCAUGGCUGCCUUCGGUGGCGCUAGUGCCAGGAACACGGUGGGGCUGCCGCUUUCAGUCUCCAUGGUAGAUCUGACAGAGUUAGAUCGGCAGUACAUCCGAGACAUUUGGACAAGGGUAUUUGACAAUGCAGAAGAGAAUGGCAGGCAUAUUUUAAUAAGAUUCUUUACAGAUUGCCCUGCAAGCAAGCAGUAUUUCAAGACUGUUCCAACCGAAGGUGACCUGCUGAGGAAUUCUGAGGUGGGCUUUCACGGCAGGAGGGUCAUGGUUGCUCUUGACCAGCUGAUUGAAAACUUGAACAACUGGAAACAGGACCACAAGUUGCUAGAGCGCCUGGUUGACAGCCACAAGAACAUCCACCAAGUGCCUGUGGGGAUGUUCCAGUUUUUGUUUCAGGCCAUGCUCUGUGUCUUCCAAGAUCUCCUGGGGAAAGAGUUUACUGAUGACAUAAGGCUCUCUUGGGAGAAGUUCUUUGGGGCUGUCUGUGAAGAAAUUGAAGCUGCUUAUGCCCGCCAGCAUGUGCCUUAAAGAGACAGCAGCUUCAUUAGAGCAGCCUGCUCUGUUCUCCAUCCCCUCCUUACGUGUGUAUUGAUGGAAUAAAGGGGGCAGCAGCCAGGUGUGAGUGUCAGCAUUUGGUUUUGGCACCUAUGUCUGGGGCAACUGAUCAGAUCUGGGAUUCCAGUGGUUCCUUGCAAGAUCAGGGCCAAUUCUCCAAAGGUGCAGAAGCACGUCCAAGUACAUAGCAAAGGGUCAAAAGGCAUGAGCGUGUUUAGCCUGGAGAAGAGAAGAUUGAGGGGAGAUAGGAUAGCACUCUUCAAGUACAUGGAAGGUUGUCACACAGAGGAGGGCUGGGAUCUCUUCUCAAUCAUCCCAGAGUGCAGGACACAGAAUAAUGGGCUCAAGUUGCAGGAAGCUAGAUUUCGACUGGACAUCAAGAAAAACCUCCUAAAUGUUAAAGCCAUAUGGCAAUGGCACCUAUGACCUAGAGAGGUAGUGGGCUCUCCGACACUGGAGGCAUUCAAGGGGCAGCUGGACAGCCAUCUGUCAGGAAUGCUUUGAUUUGGAUUCCUGCAUUGAGCAGGGGGUUGGACUUGAUGGACUUAUAGACCCCUUCCAACUCUUCUAUUCUAUGAUUCUAAGUUGAGGAGGGCUGUAGCUCAAGCAGCUGCUUUGCUUGCAGACGGUCCCAGGUCCAGCCCCUGGCAUCUCCACUUAGGGCCAGGAAACCUGUGGAAAAUGCAGAGCUAGAUGGACCAAUCAUCUGACUAUACAGCAGCUCCCUAUGUUCCUUUGAGAAGGUGACAUGUACUGAGGCCUAAAAUUCACACUCGGGCAAAAGUCAGAGGAAGGGUAGGAUUAUGCUGGCAGGAUGCGGCAGGAAGCCCCGAAAGUCCAGAAGGAUCACUCACCCACAGCUGCCCUGCUAAGGGAAGAGGCCAAAGCAGGUGUGCUCAGGAAGGAAGAACACAAGAACAAAACCUGGACACUGACCAAGCUUCCUCAAGGAAGGAAAGCUGUAGGCUGCGAGUGUGUAUUCAAAAGGAAGUCGGAUGCUGACACAAGGCAAGACUAGUAGCCAAAGGAUACUCUCAAAAGUAUGGACAAGAUGACUAUGAAACAUUUGCUCCUGUAGUCAAACACAAGACUUUCAGAACUCUUCUGAGUGUUGCUGCUAACAAGAAAAUGCAGGUAGAGCAUGUGGAUAUAAAAACAGCAUUGUUCCAAGGAGAAAAAGAAGAGGAAAUCUACAUGCAACAGCCACCAGGGUUUGAAGUUCCAGGAAAAGAAACCCUUGUGUGUAAACUUCAAAAAUCCACCUAUGGACUAAAACAGGCUGCCAGAGCCUGGAAUGAGAGACUGAGCAAAAUGCUCUUGAAAGGAGGCUUUGUACGAGGCAGAGCAGAGCCAUGCCUGUGCAGCAGAUUCAGGAACAACAGAUGGACUUACUGAUUUAUGUGGAUUAUCUACUGUUGGCUUAUCAAGACCCACUGGACAAGCAACAGCUAGUGAAUCAUCUCAACAAGGAGGUUGGUGAAGUGCCUAGGUGAUCACUCACUACCUCAGAAUACUAAUUGAAAGAGAAGAUGAUGGAUCCUUCUUGCUGAAUCAAAGACAAAAGAUCCAAGACCUUCUUGAGAACCUACACCCACCAGACCUUCCAGCACCUACUCGGAUGGAAGUAGGAUACCUGAAACCAGACCAGAACAAACAACCAUGGGAAGACCGUGAGAGCUACAAACAAGUCAUCAAGAAACUUCUAUAUAUCCGCACUGUUACCAGGCCAGAUGUGGCAGUAGCAGUGGGAUACCUGUGCAGAACAACCAGCUCGCCAACCAAAAAGGACUGGGAAGCAAUCAAGAGAGUGGCGAGAUAUCUGAAGGGAACUGCAACCAUGAAACUGAAGUUAGCGGCUACCCGAGAUCCCAGAUUAGUGGGAUAUGCAGAUGCUGAUUGGGCUGAAGACACUACAGAUUGAAAAUCCACCAGUGGAAGCAUCUUCUACUAUGGAGAUUCAGUGAUCAGCUGGGAAAGUAAGAAACAAGAGACUGUGGCACUCUCUUCCACAGAAGCAGCGUAUAUGUCAGCUUCUGAAGCGAGAAGACAGCUGACAUGGCUACUUGAACUGUUUAACGAUUUAGGCGUCUCUAUACCUGGGCUGAGCCAUUGUGGUGUAGUGGUUAAGGUGUUGGACUACGACCUGGGAGAUCAGGGUUCGAAUCCCCACAUAGCCAUGAAACUAUGACCAAGCUGGGUGACCUUGGGCCAGUCACUGCUUCUCAGCCUCAUGAAAACCCUAAGGUCGCCAUAAGUUGGAAUCGACUUGAAGGCAGUACAUUUACAUUUAUACCUGGGCCUGUCAUGAUGCAUGAAGACAACCAAGGAUGCCUCAGACUCACGGAGUCAGAAGGAGUGAGUUCACAAACCAAGCACAGAGACAUGAAGCACCAUUUCAUACCUACUGCAGAGGACUAUGCAAGAAGGAGUAUUGUCCAAUGGAAGACGUGACUGCAGAUGCUCUGACGAAGGCAUUACUGUCAGAUACUGUAAGCUGUGGAACAAGAUGAACCUCAUGGGCUGAACCAAACAGUUGUUGAGAAGGGAUGUUGGAAGUGGGGCAAGAGCAACUCCAGUUUGUUUGUUUUUUUUGUAUUCCAGAAGGAAGAUAGAGAUAGAGCUUUGCCUACCUUUACCUGUGCCCUUCUCUACCUAACUUCCUUCCAUUGUAAACUGAUAUGUUCAGCAAAGCUGACCUGCCCCUCCUUCCUUUGUUCUUUUUCUUCGGCCAUGAGGGCACUACCCACGUCUGGGCAUUGCACCUCCAACUUAGUUAAACCUGGGGGACCUGGGAGACCAGGGUUCGAAUCCCCACACAGCCAUGAAGCUCACUGGGUGACCUUGGGCCAGUCACUGCCUCUCAGCCUCAGAGGAAGGCAAUGGUAAACCUUCUCUGAAUACCGUUUACCAUGAAAACCCUAUUCAUAGAGUCGCCAUAAGUCAGGAUCGACUUGAAGGCAGUCCAUUUCAAUUUUUCAUGUAUUUCUAUAAA